GCUGAAAUGUGAAAGGAUGAUUUUAACCAGGAAAUACAAUAUAAAAAUGGUACUUAUUAAAACGGAUAAUGACUUAAUAAGUUUUAAUUAGGUUAAGGGAAACUUUUUAAUGCCGAUAAUAGUUAAUAGGAAGAGUAUUGGGUGUAUGGAAAGAUUUUAGGCAGAUAUUUUUAUUUUGAUGAAAGUGUUUAUGAAGAAAAAAGAUGAGAAAAUGGGCAAAAGAAUGCUUUAGGUAAAUUUGUUAGAAAAAUAGAAGUUUUUAUAUUAGGAUAUGAGAAAUCAUCAAAAGAUUAAGGAAGGGAAUUAAAAAAUAAAAAAAUAAAAGUUUCUAAGAAAUAGAAUGGUUAAAUAAUAAAUGAAAUGGUUUUGGUAAACUUUAAUGAAAAUUAAGCUAGCUUUUAUUUUAAAUAAAUUGUUGAGGGUAUUCUAAGUUUAUUACUAAAGGAUUAAUACAAGUUAAUAAGUUAAUAUUAUUUCACGGAGAAUUAACUACAAAAACCAUUUUUUUAAGAGAAGCAAAAAAAAUGAAAAUUGGUGUGGGCCGGAUUUGAUAAGAAAACAAAAAUAUGGUAAUUGACUUUUAAAAUAAUUAGUUUAUGAAACUUAAUGAUGGGCUAAAGUAAACAAUAAUUACUAAUAAAGCA